CCCAGUUUACACUCCUUCCGACAGAAACCGCAAAACAUCAAAACUCCAAGAGCUCGGAAAAUAGCCUCCUCAACCUGUAUCCCCAAGACCAUCGUUUACAAUAAUCCAUACGGCUGUAUCUCCAGAGACUCUAUCCACUUAACCAUCUCCCUUCAAAAUGCUGCUGUACAAGAGGAAAAGAAACGCUAUUUUGGCAUCACUCGCGGUUACUGUAAUUGCAGGGAUCGUGUAUGCGGUGAAUAAACUCUCAACCGAAGAGAACGAUAUGGAGCUGUCGCGAGAGAUGCUGCAGCUCUCCCAACCGCUUACCGAAAAGCGGUACACCACAAAAGCCAUUACAGUAGUCCUCACGAGCUCGAUCAUCGCGGCCCGGUUGCCUCUAGAGGAACUCUUGCACCAUUCCAACAACAUCGUCUUUGUGUUGCCGCCAAAGCUCCGAAAGGCCGAGCUCUUUGCGGACCAGCGCUUGAUGAGCCGGAAGGGUGUGAAUGGUGUAAUCCACAAGUACAAGAUCAUUGAAUGCGACAAUGCCAGGGGCAUGUGGUUUGUGGUGAAACACUUGAAGCCCGACACGUUGAUCGUGUGUGAAGACGACUUGCCGCUUCAUUGUGAGAUGCCCCAGGAGAUCAACAAUUUUGUGCGGGAUGUCGUUAUUUUGGAGCAGAACUCGAACGCUGUGUAUGAAUCAGUGAUGCCGUACUUUAAGGCGUAAAAUCGAAGGAUACUGAAAUAUUUGAAAAUUUAGGGAAGUGACUUGUUCCAAAAGACUUUCUCUGGCUGAGUACGCCUUUGCUUUUGGUUUCUAGCUCUCUUGAAGCACCAUAGACACUCUAACCCCCGUAGUUAAUAGUAUUAGAGGCUGAAUAAAUUGGUACACUGCUCAGUUUUGG